AUGGUGAAGAAAUCUCUCAACGGCGGGGUUUACCCAGCUCAAGCCGGAGAGAAGAAGCACAAAGUCGGGUUUGUGGGUUUGGACCCCGGGGCUCCUGAAUCCAGCAGGGAUGGAGCGCUGCUGAUUGCGGGUUCGGAAAGCACCAAGCGGAGCAGCAUCCUCUGCAGACCGAGAUCCAGCAUCUCCGCCGGGAGACCCAGACCAUCGAAGAAAAAUGCCAGCUAUAGGAAACUACAGAAUUUCCUCUAUAAUGCGCUGGAAAGACCGCGGGGAUGGGCGUUCAUCUACCACGCUUAUGUAUUCCUGUUGGUCUUCUCCUGUCUCAUACUCUCGGUCUUCGCCACCAUCAGAGAGUUUAGAAAUAGCUCAGAGAGUGCCUUGUACAUCCUGGAAAUUGUGACCAUCGUGGUGUUUGGAGUGGAGUACAUUGUAAGGAUAUGGGCUGCCGGCUGCUGCUGUCGAUACCGAGGAUGGAGAGGGAGGCUGAAAUUUGCCAGAAAGCCUUUCUGUAUCAUAGACAUCAUGGUGCUGAUUGCCUCAGUAUCCGUACUGGCGGCUGGCUCUCAGGGCAAUGUUUUUGCCACCUCGGCCAUCAGGAGUCUGAGGUUCCUGCAGAUCCUCCGCAUGCUGCGUAUGGACCGCCGUGGAGGCACCUGGAAGCUGCUCGGAUCUGUAGUUUAUGCCCAUAGCAAGGAGCUCAUCACAGCGUGGUACAUAGGCUUCCUGUGCCUCAUCCUGGCGUCAUUCCUGGUCUACUCUGUGGAAAAGGAGUCAAAUGAUGAGUUUGAGACCUAUGCUGAUGCUCUUUGGUGGGGACUGAUCACUCUCACUACCAUCGGCUAUGGUGAUAAGGUUCCCAAGACCUGGAAUGGACGCUUGCUGGCUGCCACAUUCAGUAUGAUCGGGGUGGCCUUCUUUGCACUUCCUGCUGGAAUCCUGGGUUCUGGCUUUGCUCUGAAAGUCCAAGAGCAGCACAGGCAGAAACAUUUUGAAAAACGACGUAAUCCUGCAGCAAGCCUCAUCCAGGCUGCUUGGAGGUUUUAUGCUACCAACCUUUCCCGUACAGAUUUGGUAUCUACUUGGGAUUUUUAUGAGCAGACUGUAGCCAUUCCAAUGUACAGACUCAUUCCACCUCUGAAUCAGCUGGACCUUCUGAGGAAUCUGAAGGGCAAGUCAUUCAGGAAGGAGUCGCAAACCGAAACCUCUCCCAGUCGGAAGGCCAGUCUGAAGGACAAAGUGUUCCCCAGUCCUUCCAAGGCUCCCAUGGCCAAAGGGAGGGUCCAGUCUCCUGGGGCAGAGGACGGGGCAGAGGGGAGCCCCAGCAAGACCUGGAACUUUACUGACAAGAACAGAGGACCAAAGCACACCUUCAAAGUCCGGGGCGCCGCCUCACGCCAAAACUCAGAAGUGCUGAUUGAAAUGCAGGACGAAGACUCUGGACUGAAGAGUUCUCCAGCAAUUGAAGGUUUAAUAAAAGCGAGCCUACCAGGAGAAGAAAUUGGAGAUGAUAAGAGUUGCCACUGUGAGUUUCUCACUCAAGAAUUACCACCAGGCUUGAAGGUUGCAAUAAGGACAAUUUGCAUCAUGAAGUUUAUGGUGUCUAAGAGGAGGUUCAAAGAGAGCUUGCGGCCUUAUGAUGUCAUGGAUGUGAUUGAGCAGUACUCUGCAGGUCACCUGGACAUGCUGUCUCGAAUUAAGAACCUGCAAUCCAGGAUAGAUAUGAUUGUGGGGCCCCCUCCCCCAUCAACACCUCGUCAUAAGAAGUCCACUGAAGGUCCUAGAGUUGACCAGAUAGUUGGUAAAGGUCCUAAAGCUGAGGGAGAGGCUGUGGAGGACCAGAGCAUGAUGGGACGUCUGGUCAAAGUAGAAAAACAGGUGGUCUGUAUGGACAGGAAACUUGAUUUCCUGGUAAAUGUGUAUAUCCAGCGUAUGGGCAUCCCUCGCUCUGAAACUGAGGCCUUUUUCAACUCCAAAGAACCGUAUCCAGCCCCGCCUUACCACAGCCCAGAGGAGAGCAAGGAGGAGAAGGAGGGAAAAGAGGAGGUGAAGGAAGAAAAGGAGGUGAAGACAUGCUCAGCUGCAGAUGUCCUGUGCUCUGAUGCAUCUAUGGAAAAGAAGGAUCCUUUAUUGGGUCGGUCUGUGGCGAGAUCAGUGGGUACUCCCUCUGGCAGCAACAGUCGCCCCUCUACCUCCUGGCAGCACCAGCUGCAGCACCCCCUCAGCCAACCUGCCUGGAACAGCAGCGUGGCCAAUACCCCUUCACCUGUUGGUGGCAGCGGCGACCAUUCGCCCACCCUAUUCCGCCUUCCGCCUCCGCCUGCUCCGGUUCACGAGCGGUCCUCCUCAGGUCCGGGCGGCAGCGGCCGAGAGAGCGGUUCCCACAGCAGGAGGCGCCAGAGGAGGCAGAGGUGUCAGCAGGAUGCCACCGCCGUGGAGAGCGACACGUCUCUCUCCAUCCCGUCUGUUGACCAUGAAGAGCUGGAGCGCUCCUUCAGCGGCUUUAGCAUCUCCCAGGCCAAGGAGGACUUCUUUGGGCCUUCUUUCUUUACAGGGUCAGGAGGGGGAGGUGGAGCAGGGACUGAAGCUGGAGGUGGACAUUCACUCUGUGCCAGGGUUAGACCCUUCAUAGCAGAGGGCGAAUCAGACACAGACUCUGACCUUUAUGCUCCCUCACCUCUGUCCUUCACUGGAGAGGUCUCAUGUGGAGAGAGGGGAUGGCCAGGACUGAAGUAG